GUCAGAUGCACUUAAUCUCUCUCAUGCCAACUAAUUGAUCUAUUUCUUCACCAUUAAUCCUAACCCUUCUGCGUUACAAUUUUCAUCUGACAAUGGUUUUUCCAGAGGCUGAGCUCCCUGUAAUAGAUAUUUCUGUUCUUCAAUCAGAGUUAAAAGAAGGUGAUCCUGAUCUUCAGAGGCUGUGCAAUCAAGUAAAAGAAGCUGCCCAACAGUGGGGAGCUUUUCGUGUGGUGAAUCAUGGAGUCGAACAGGAGCUUCUAAACACUGUGGAUUCAGUUUCUCGAGGUCUUUUCAGUCUUCCACCCCAAGUAAAAGAAAGAGCCGUUUGUCUUCCAUUUGAUGGGUAUUCGAAGGGCGUUGGUCUUUCAUCUGGCGAGGCCAUAUGUUUCCCAGCAGUACUGGCUUCUGAUUCGAUUCAGCAAUAUGCACAAAAGCUAUGGCCCCAAGGAAAUCCUGAAUUUUGUGAUAGCCUAAGAACAUACAGUUCCAAGUUAGCUGAUCUGACAAAUUCCCUAAUAAAACUUAUCCUUGAAGGUUUGCAACUCAGCAAACAUUUUGAGAUUGAUUUUGUAGAAUGUGAAGCUUUGCUUCGUCUCAAUUAUUUCUCUCUGUGUGAAAAAUCAAGUGGCGCUAAUGAUAUUCUUCUCAAGGAGCACACAGAUUUGGGUGUGAUGACAAUUCUAUAUAAUGACCAAGUGGCUGGUCUUGAAAUGCGCUCUAAACAAGGUGAAUGGUUCACUGUAAAACCUCUUGCUGGAUCAUUCACUGUCAUCAUAGCCAGCGCUCUAAAGAUAUGGAGUAAUGAUAGAUGUUGGAGUGUGGAGCAUCGUGUAGCAUAUGAGGGGAAGGGGCCUCGUCUUUCUAUCGGUUUCUUUUGGAAUUUUUUGAAGGAAAAAGAGGUGCGUGUACCAGAGGAGCUCAUAGAUGAACACUAUCCACAUCAUUAUAAAACCUUUCUUUUCAAAGACUAUAGAAAUGCUCGAGUCCAAGAAGCUCCUCUUGACAUUUUUAUUUAGAAUUUAGUGAUUUAAAAAAAAAAUUAAAAAAAAUUUUAAAAAAAAGAAAAAGAAAAGAAGAUAAAUGUUGUUUUUAAGUAUGAAUGGAAUGUAAAUUUGUUGUUGAUUUCUUGUUGAACUAUAUAAUAUUUAGUAAUAGGUGUCAUGUAGUGGUAUAGUAUUUAUUUUUGAAAUAUUACAAUGUUAAAAUUCGUAUUUAUCUUACGAUGUUGUAUAUUUAGAAAGAGAAUGAUAUUAAUGAAUAAACUACUAGCUAUCAAUGAGAAAGUGCUUUCUUA